AUGUCUUGGAGUGAAAAGUUUUUCGAUGAGGGCUCGUGCUCCGCCGCGCAUCCGUGGAUCGACCGUGCAAUCGACCGCUUCUUCUCCAACGCCGAAUCGCGCAGCACCUCGGGCCUCGGGCUGCGAGAGGUGAUCGACGAGCUCCGCGCUCGCAGCUGGUCCAACCACAGGCCGGGAAAGCUGGAGGUGACGCUUCGCUGGAGCAGCGCGGAGAGCCCGUGGAGCGUCUCUGGACGCACUGUCAACAGGCCAAACCAGCCGUACAAGCCCGCGCACAUGCUGACUCUCCUCAAGCGGGCUGUCCGCCGCCACGGGCCGGAGAUUGCUCGCGAACUCGGCAGUCCAGGCGCACUGACCCUCUUCCUUCAGACCGAGGACUACCCGAACCUCCUCCCCAUGCAUGCGGGCGGGCGGGCGACGGUGAUGCGCAAGUGGGCGCUGCCCGUCUUCUCGAUGUGUGCCACCGCAGACGCGACCGACGUCCCAGCGCCCGACUUCACUUGGGUGCAGUACGCGGAGAGCGGUCGGCGGGAGCCUUGGGACACUGCCCGGCGGCAGAUCGCCGCCGCCGCCGCGUGGCACUCGCCGUGGCGCGAGAGGCGGCGCGCGCUCGUCUGGCGCGGCGCGAUGCGCGCCGGCGGCCACGCAGGAGGCCCGCGCGAGAGGGCGAUCCAGAGGCUGCGGCGGGUGGCGCCGCUGCUGGCGGCCAACGGCGUCGAGUUGGACGUGCAGAGCGUGGAUCGGUUCGGCGGCGGCCGGGCGGACAGGAACUUGACCAUCUCUCGCGAGGAGCUGUGCGGCGCCGCCUACCUCCUCCACUUGCGCGGCACCACGUACAGCGCGAGUCUGCGCUACCAGCUGCUGUGCGGCUCUCCAGUCGCGGCGCUGCUCGGGGACGAGACUGGCGAGUGCGCCGAGUGGUUCCACCCGGCGCUCGCGGACGGGCGGCACUUUGUGAAGCUCCCGCCGGACGUGCGCGGACAGGCAGCCGCCCUCCUCAACCUCACCUCGCAGCUGCCGGCGGCUCUCUCGCGCGCUGCUCGGAUCGGCGCCGCGGGGCAGCACUUUGUGCAGGAGGGCCUCUCGGACGACGUCGUCGACUGCUACUGGGCGCGGGCGCUCGUCCGGUACGGACGGCGGGCAGCGAGCCUCUCGCGCGGAGAUACGGAGCCGGAGGCUGUCCGCUCGCUGCCAUCCGAGGAGGCGGAGCCCGAGCGGGUGCGCGAGUGCUGGUGGCCGUGCCACGAGAGGGCUGGCCCGUGCCACUUUUGCGGCUCGAGGCAGGCUUGCUGCCGGGCUGGCUUCGACCAGCAGACGGCCGAUUGCGGCUUCGGGAAGCUCGGGGCCGGUCUCUCGUCUCGCUCGUUUCCGUUUGCCUGUUCGAGCUUCGACGUGUGGCCAAUUUGCAACACGACGUGUGGCCAAUUUGCGGGGAUACACGUCCUGCAGUAUCGCGCUUGUGGGGCCGUUUUGAUUUAA